AUGGCUAGACGACCAAGGGACAAAGUGAUCGAUGCCCUGUUUGAAAGAAUAGUAGACGUCUUAGAACGACAAAAUACAUCUACCCCAAACCGUGGAUUGUCCGAGUUUCGCAAGAACAAGCCUUCUCAAUUCCAUAGUGGAUUUAAUCUUGAUGGUACCCAGCUCUGGAUAGAAGAGCUAGAAAAGAUUUUUGAAGCAAUGGCUUGUACUGAUGAAGAGAAAGUCAUGUAUGUUGUGUACAUGCUCAUCAGAGAAGCCAAACAUUGGUGGAGAUUUGCGCGUCAACAACUAGAGGUGAAAGAAACUCAUAUUGGAUGGUUAGCCUUCCGUCGUCACUUUUUGGAAAAGUACUUCCCAAAGGAUAUAAGAAGGAGGAGAGAACAAGAAUUUCUCAAUCUGCGACAAGGAAGAAUGAGUGUUGGCGAAUACGCUGCAAAGUUUGAUGAGUUGUCCAGGUGCCGAAUAUUUGAAGAUGACACCAAAGCAUAUCAAGCGUCUUGGAAAGGUACUGGACCUCCGCGACAAGUAAAUGCUUCGAACUCCAGAGGGAGAGAAAGUCAAGAGAAACGCAAGCCUUAUUUCAAUCCUAGCCGCUUUCGAGGGAACAAUUUCUCAGGGAAUCAAGGAUCCAGUGUGGGGAGCGUGAAUCAUUCAAACAUUCGAUGCAACAAUUGUUUACCUACUUCCCUGAUGAAAUGUGAUGUUCUUGUUUCCACACCUACAAAUAGUUCUGUGAUUGCACACUGCAUUUGCUUGAAUUGCCCGCUCCACAUCGACGAAGUUUUCCUUGUCAAUCUCAUCUGUUUGCCUCUUUUUGAAAUAGAUAUUAUUUUAGGAAUGGAUUGGCUUUCAGUCAACCGUGUUUUAAUAGACUGUCAAAAAAGAACCUUAAUCCUCAACCCUCAAAAUGACAAGGUUGAGGAUAGUAAUCUAGAUGGCUCAAAAAUCUCAACUGUGAGCGUGACCAAGAAGGAUGCAACUCAGAUGUUCAUGAUUCUCGCCUCUAAAGAUAACAAGGACAACCCUCCUCUGGAUAAAUUGCCAAUUGUUUGA